UCUAAAAAUAGCACACCUGGUUGAACAUACAACACCCUGUCUGUGUAAUUUUUGGAGUGACAGAAAAAAAGCCGGACAGACGGACGGUUUAAAGGAAUUGGGCAACUGUGCAAAUAUUUGGGACAUUUAUUUCGUUGUGAUGAGGAACAAUUAACUAAUUAACAGAUCUGUUACAACCAAAAUGAGAGAGGUAGUUACUCCGCUGUUACUGGCAGCAGUUUUGUUGGUGCAUACGGAUGGACAAACAAUGAAUCGUCAGAACUGUGCUGGUGGCGCAGGACACGAGGCUGUCAUUCAGCCAGAUGCUGAUGCUUUCAUAGCAGGGUUUUUCGCUUUUCACGAGGCCGGUGAAAAUGGUGUGGGAUGUGGAAAUAUUCGAACUUCAGCAACGCAUGACGCCAUGCAGUCCUAUGAGGCUAUUCGCUGGGCCCUUGAUCGACUCAACAAGAAAGAUGAGGUUCUUAAUGGUGAAGACCUUGAUGACUAUUAUAUCCCAGGGAUCAAAAUAGGAAUGAUUGCUCAGGAUUAUUGUUCCAGUGCAACAACUGCUAUAAGCAAGGCAGAAAAUUUAUUCCCCCAGUUUGGCUCUUCAGAGAAUGAAUGUCAGAAGAAUACAGACAAACUUAUGUUAGGUUUGUAUGUACAAAUGGCAAGUGGUGAUGCUAUGAAGAUGCAUCAGAUGGCUCAAAACCGCAAUCUUCCUCUCGUAUCUUAUACAUCGACAGCGCCGGCACUCUCCAGUACAGAAAUGUAUCCAAACUUCAUGCGUACAAUACCUCCUGAUGGCCCAUUGACCAAAACAAUUGUAGAGUUUAUAAAGCAGCUUGGCUGGCAGUACGUGGUUGUAGUUCACACUGACAACAGCUAUGGUAGGGAGGCGUACAGAGCCAUACGGCCAUAUCUUGCCGAGGCUGGAAUUUGUCUGACCGCAGCAUUCCCUGCUGACCCUGAUGACAAAUCUGAUGAAACUAUCGAUGGAUUACUAAAUAAUGUGAUGGCUACAAAUACAACUGGAGUAAUCUACCUUGGCAAUAAUUUGCUAAUUGAUGCGUUCUUGAGACGCGGAGAAGUUGUUGAUGAUGCAGGAAAUCUACAGUGGAUUGUUACUGACAGUGUCUCCUUAUCAGAUACAUUCCCAGGACAGAAAUAUCCAAGAGGACUGAUUUCUGUUGUACCAUCUGGACGUAAGAUAAUUGAGUUUGAGGACCAUUGGGUGCGAAUUGACAACAAUGACCCUUCUCCUGAGAACCCUUGGUAUAAGGACAUGUACAUGAAGAGCUUCGAGUGUCGUCUGCCAGGGGUUACUAAUUCAGAGUAUACAACAGAUUGCCCUGUCAAGUCGGAAACUAUGCGUAGAAAUGAGUUUGUUCAAGACCAGUAUGUGGAACCUGCUGUCCAUGGUGUUUACAUUUAUGCACGUGCAUUGAAACAGGCGCAUGCCGUGUUAUGCGGAGGUCAACCUGGAAUGUGCCAAGCGUUGCAAGAUCUGUCUACAUCUGAUUUUUACGACAACUACAUGAGAGAUAUUGACUUUAUGUAUGGGAAGGCGGAGCGUAUUGAAAGUUUGGCAUCAUUCAGUCUCGACCCAUAUAAUGCAGCUGCACUAGUGAAGUUUGAAGGCAAUGACUUGAUCAAUCCAUCAUUUGAAGUCUACAACUUUAAUGACUAUCCCUAUGGGACUUCCUACAAGUUCCAAAGUGUUGCUACAUACAUCAAUGAGCUACUGGAAGUGAUCACCUCCCGUUUACGAUUCUAUGAUGAGCCACGUGAUGCAGUUCUGCCAUUUAUUCCCCAGUCAAAGUGUCCCAGCUUGCCGUGCAGUCCAUGUCUAGGAGCCUUGAUAGACUCCAAAUAUGUUUACAUUCCAGGUGAUGUAAUAAUCAAUGCCCUGUUCAGCAUCCACAUGCCAGGACCAAUGGCUUUAUCUUGUGGAGAAUUUGAUGAAUCCGCUCAGCAAGGAAUACAAGCAAUGCAGGCUUUCAUUUAUGCUGUUGACUAUGUCAAUGAACAGAUGAGAGUAAGCACUGGAAGAUUGCGAGGUGUGACACUUGGAGCACUUGGUUUUGACGAUUGUAUGGACCCCAUUUUAUCCAAUCAUUUGAUCACUGAAGUGCAGAGAUACGGACGCCGCAUCAGAGAUAUGAAUGGCGAAAACGUGCUGGAUCCUCGUACUGUUGAGGUGUUCAUGGCGCGUGGUUUGGAUCCCUGGAUGCCCGUUACUAUGGCUGAACUUAUGAAUACAAUGAAACGUCCGGUUCUUGGUGUAGAAACCUACACUGAAGUUUUAGAUGACACAGACAUGUAUCCAUACUUUUUACGGUCCCAGUUCGGUCUCCAAAAUAUAGCGAUGACAAUUGUAAAUGUCGCAAAAAGGUUUGGCUGGAAGUAUUUGCAAAGCGUUUAUCAUACUGGACCAUGGGGUGAAGAGUCCAAUAAGGUUCUAAAAAGAGUGGCAGCAGAAGAAGGCAUCUGUAUUGUUGCUUCGUAUGAAAUCCCAGAUGUAAAUGGUGGUGCUGAGGUUGUCGAUAAAUUACGUGGUCGACCUGAUGUGCAGCCAGUUGCUUUGUUAUUGCUAUCAUAUGGGUUUCGUAAUUUCAUGGAAGGUAUGAAGAUACGCAAUGUCACUAACGAACUCCAGCUUAUUUCUUUGAUUGGAGAUAAUAAAAAAUCUGCUGAAGGUUAUGAAGACUUCCUAGAUGGAAUGGUGAGUUUCGAGCUUUGGUGGCCAGCUAAUUCCCAGCUUGGCCAACUGCCAACUUUAGAAGGAUUCCGUCAGCAUUUGAGAAAUAUUGAUGUUAAAACAUACAUGACAAAUCCAUGGAUGCAAGAAUGGUUUGAAAAUUUCUACGACUGUAAGUUCAACCGAACUGGUUCAGAAGUUGCCUGUGGAGGCCAGAGAUUGUUUGAUGAUUUUGAACUGAAUUCAGACGUUAUUUCUGUGAUUUAUAGCGUGUUUGCCGCAGCUCAAGGACUCGAUGAAACAUUGAAGCAGUAUUGUGGAGCAGGUUACAAUGGAGUCUGUGGGAACUUCAUAAAUGCUAGAGACAAGGGUAUGGUUUUACUACAGAAUAUUCUGCAGAAAGCGAGAUAUGGUGAAGACGGUAACAUCUACGAGUUUUACGACAGAAAUGGCAAUAUUCCAUCAAAAUACUUCAACUACAACGGUUUUCUUAAAUCAUUCACUUAUGUAGGUGAUUAUAAACCUGCUGAGGGAGUUCUUUAUCUGGAAAACCUCAACUUGAAUGGUGGCAGAUCUCCAUCCGAAAUCCAGUCCUCAUGUCCAGGGGUUUGUAUGGAGUGUUUGUAUCUGUUUGGAAAUCAGAAGUUCAUGUACAUACAUGGUGACAUCAUUAUACCUGCAAUAUUUGAUGUACAUUACCGUGGUGAUUCACCAUACAGUUGUGCUGAUCUGAGAAUGGAAAAUGGAUUCCAGUACACCGAAGCUUUCCGUUUUGCUUUGGAACAAAUCAAUACAGGACAAGCUGACGUUACGUUAAAUGGUGUCAGGCUUGGAGGUCUUGGCUUUGACGGAUGUACUGAUCAUAUAAGAGCUUCUGCCAUUGUGACUGGAAUGUAUUCUGGGGCAUUCCCAACCGCUGGCUCUAAUUUAGCACAAACAUAUGUCAAAACUGGUGAUUUUGCAGGCUGGUUGUCGUAUGACAGCGAAAGUACCAUUAGCAUUGCAACUAUUCUUGAAAGGUUUAAUAUUCCAGCUGUGACACCAGGAGCAACAUCUCCAGUUCUUGAUGACAAAUCAGAAUUUACAAACUUUUUCCGCACCAUCCCAUCUGAUGGUCGCGUCGCCAAAGCCAUGGCAAAACUUGCUCAUAAACUCGGUUUCAGUUACAUUAUCACUGUAAAUGCACCUGAAGAGGGCAGUCGAGAUGCUGUGAAACAUUUCCGUAUGUAUGCUGAAGAUCAAGGUAUCUGUAUCGGAGCUUCAUACGAGUUUGAGACCGACGGGGAUGAAAACCAGAUUAUGCGCUAUAUUUUACAGUCGACAACGAAGGUUGUUGCAGUUUUUGCAAGCCCUGAUCGUUACAUCGAAGAACUUAUUCGAGUAAAGUUUGCCAAUCCAGAUGCUAAUAAUGUGAUUUUCAUAGCUAAUCAGCCAUGGGAUGCACCUGCAAAAAGAGCCAAACCAAGUGGAAUUUCACCUAUACCAGAAACGAUCAAUUUCCGAAUGGAUGGCAACGUUCGAAUUGAUGAGUUCAUGUAUUACCUUGAGAGUGAGAGCACGGAGCUGCUAGAGCAUCCAAACCCGUGGUUCAGAGAAUAUUACCAAAUGGUGAUGCAGUGUAACCUGGCAGGAACAUACACGUAUAACAGAGCAUGCACAGAUUCUGCGUUCAAUCCUCUUGAUAUAAACAGGAUUGAGCAGGAUAUUCGAGUUAUUUCAACAAUGAAUGCAGUCUACGCCAUUGCGGAAGGAGUCCACAUUACACUGCAGCAGAAAUGUGGUGUCAACUACACUGGAGUGUGUGCGGCGUUCCUCAGUGAUGCCGAUACGUACGCUCACAUCAUGAACAAUAUGGACGCCUUAAGUUUCCAAGAUAUAUCCCAGAUGGUGUUCCGAUUUAUUGAAAGAGAGGCUGACAGAAAAAUUAGCUUUAGCAGGUUCCUUACAGAUGGAAGGAUUUACAGUGAGGGAUUCUACAAUGCCAAUGAAGAAUUUGAAAUUCCACUUGAAGAGACACUCAAACGUGCAUACCAAGAUGUUCCAUCAACAUGCAUUGGGGAAUGUCUGCAGUGUCAGCGAGAUAGUUCUGGCAUGGAAAAAUUUAUGUAUAUUGCUGGAGAUCUUCACAUUGGAGCUUUAUUUGACGUGCAUAAGAUGGGAGGAACGCCUUACACAUGUGGAGAGAUAAAUGGUAUAAAUGGCUUCCAACUUAUGGAGGCAUUCAACUGGGCCAUGGAUUACGUCAAUGAGAAGAAAGGAAUGUUUAGUCGUAAGCUACUGGGAGUUAAACUAGGUUCCUUGAUCUUUGACACGUGCUCGAGUCCAGUUAAAGCCGGAAAUCUUAUUGCUAACUACCAUGCCAGAAAUUUUAAAAUUAGCACGGAUGAGUAUAACAUUGAUCCAAGCCUUAUUGAUCUUUAUAUAGGACCAAUGACAAGCGAGGCUUCUAUAAGGGUUGCUGAUGUUCUGGCUGAAAUAGGCAUUCCACAAAUCGGUUAUGGUGCGUCUUCUCUCGAGUUGCGCGAUCCACGAAAAUAUAGGUACUUUAUAAGGACAGUUCCUGCUGAUGAUAAGCAGGCUAGAGCUCUCAUAUCCAUCUUGAAAAAGUAUAAAUUUCCAAAUAUCCAGUUGGUUUCGCAGUUCAGUUCUGUAGGAAGUUAUGGACGGGAUGAGUUCGUUCGAUUGGCCAACUUAAACAAAAUCUGUAUCUCCGCCGAGUUUGUAAUUGGCCAGAGUGGGAAGGUGACAGAAGACGAGGCGAGAUCGGUUGCCUCAAGGUUGGGGGAGAAACCAGAUGCUAGAGUUAUUAUUGUUAUCAUGGACGAUCCUUAUGCGCUGCUUCGUGAGGCAGAGAAGUUCGAUUACAUCAUCGGAAACUACUCGUUUAUUGCUACGGACAAAUGGGGCUUUGGUAUUUCCGGAUAUGAAAAUCUUGAAGGGUUGGACAGAUUAAUUUCCUCAGGAAAUGUUAUGACACUUGAUGUAGAAACAGCCGACUUCCCAGAGCUUGAUGAAUAUUUGGAAGCCAAGACGCCAGAAAACUACAAAACUAACCCAUGGUUUAAAGAGUACUACGAGUAUAUUCACAAUUGCUCCGUUGAGCUGUCAGAUACUGCUAGAUACCCAUCCCAAUGCCCGGAAUAUUUGGUCGGAUACCCAAGAGCUGUGCGGUACAUUCAAGAUCCAUAUGCACUGUAUGUGAUCAAUGCAGUAUUUUCAACAGCUUUAGGAAUUCACGAAACACUUUAUGAAUGGUGUGGCGGUGACCAGUAUUACGGCGUGUGUAACAUUCUGCGUACCCAUGGUGAAAGGCGGGAAUAUUUCCUAGAGAACAUCAAGAAAGCUACCUUCGUGGAUAAGACUGAUCAACCAUUCAACUACACAAAAAACGGAGAAAGUGACAGAGGCUUCCACGUGUAUGAGCCUCAGUCAAAUGGCAUGUCACUCUAUUAUGGUAGCAACGGAUAUUAUUGGGAAGACAUCGGAAGUUAUAAUGACACGCAUUACCUGAAGAUGGAUGUACGAUACAAGCCAGACUGGAUAUCUACCUGUGACCCUCCUGGUGCCUGCCUGUGUGAAUUUCCGAAGUACCAGCCCUCACGCUAUUUGAAGAAACCGUCGCCACUUGAUCUAAAUAUAGUUUUCAUCUCUGAUAUCCAUCAAUCAGAUCCUGACAAUAAUUUAGGUUGUGGUGCUAUAGAUACCGCCAGUAACAUGCAGAAUCUGUUUGCAUUCUUAUAUGCUCUGGAAUCGGUUAAUAAUAACACUGAGUCCAAAUUCCCGGGAAGCUUGAAACUUGGCGGUGUUGCCCUGGAUACCUGCUCGCAGUCGAGUCGAAUUGGUCAAGAUGCCUACAGUCUAUUAAGCGGGGAACCAGUUUGUGGAGACAAGUCUGAAACUCAAGUUGUGCCGCCAGCAUCUAUUGUUGCCUAUAUGGUUAGAAACAGUGCAAAUUCUAUCGCUGCGAGCAGCAUGCUGUCCCCGUUAAAGAUUACAUCACUCAGUAUGAGUGCCACAUCUGUUGAACUGAACGACAAGUUAGAACAUGCAUAUUUCUUAAGAACAGUUCCACCGGAUAACGUACAAGCUCUUGUUGUCGCGCGGAUCCUGAAGGCAUUUGACUGGGACUAUAUCACCGUGGUUUAUUCUGAAAAUUCCUACGGAAGAUCUGCUGUUCAAACUCUUCUGUCACAAUCGGAUCGUAACAACCCACAGUUCUGCUUCGGUCGCGCAGUAUCAAUGCCACUAGAUGCUGACCUCAAUGAUGCAAAACACGUGAUUGAUCAACUUAAUCAGCUAAUCGGAGCAAGGGUCGUAGUGACUUUUGUAACAUCGGAACAUGUCCCACUACUUCUGCAAGCCACCGAAGAAAAGGGACUGAAACACAGAUUUACCUGGAUUGGUAGUGACACGUGGGCAAAUAAUUAUUUGCUUACUAGAGGUUACGAAGACACUGCUGCCGGUGCCGUAACAAUUCAGAUCCGGUCAGAAUACAGUAAUGGAUUCAGAGAUUUUGUUAAAAAUAUUACCUUUAACGAUCGAAAAGGCAUUCCAGAUGACUGGUUCGAAGAGCUAUACCAGACGGUUCACCAAUGCCGUAUUCUAAGCAGCCAAAUUCAGAAAACGUACACCAAGAUCUGUUCAGGUGAAGAGGUUUUCACUGAUGAGAUGGUCCCUCAUGAUCCAUUCGUUCUGCAUACAAUCCUUAGUGUGUAUCAGAUUGCCACUGGCCUGAGUGAUGUAGAAGCUUGCAAACAAAGCGGUCUUACAAUUGCUUCAUGUUUGUCUCUCCAACCGAACAGAAGACAACUUAUCUACAACAGUGUGCUGAAUGCACAACAUGAUGUCCUACCCAACGACCUUGGUAAACGGUCAUUUAACUUCAAAUUUACGAGCGACGGUUACGGCGAUAUUGGUUACAAUAUUUACAACUUCCGGAGGAACGUCACCUCUGGGCAGUAUGAAUAUAUUCAGAUUGGUAGCUCGGCGGGAGAGCUCGUCCUGAAUAUAAAAGAGUACAAGAGUUACAGCUUCACUUCACGCUCCCAGCCAUCGUCCAACUGUCCUCCAGGUAGUACAUGUCAGUGUCAGGACAGUAGCGGUGAACCAUAUACUUUCAGUCGAUCAGAAAAUGGGUACAUUGUAACAGCAGACGGCCAGUACAUGGACCCAACAACAGGCCAACUUGUGACCAUUGAAGAUACUCCCGGUAUAAAUGACAGGUUCCGCGAUAUCUGGGCGAUUAUCGUCUGCACUUUGGCGGCAAUUGGAGCAUUUGCCGCGCUUUGCAUGUUCGUUUACUUGCUAGUCGUGUAUCCGGUCAGAGGCGGAACAACAGUUUUAGGUUACAUGCUUAUUUUUGGCGUAAUUCUGAUGUAUUGCCUGGUGUUUACUUUCAUCGUCCAUGCGUCAGAGGAGGUGUGCGGACUUCGCCGAUUCUGCCUCGGAUUUGUAUAUUCCAUCGCAUACUCUGCGUUGUUUGUUAAACUUGUAGACUGUUGGAGAACGAAGGACAAAGAAGACAUUUAUAUGGUGAAAUAUAACAAAAUAGGAAACCCAUGGGGACUUUUCUUUAGUGCAUGUCUUAUUGUGCUGGUCCAAGUUAUGAUAAACGCAGAAUGGUUGAUUUUGGAGAAACCGGAAAUGAUGCGUGUGAUUUACAACAACAAACUGUGGCCACGUUGUGUUCCAGACGACUUCUAUGACGAAGGCCUUAUACUGUCGAACGUUUUCAUCAUGUUCCUUAUAUUUGUCAGUGUUCUGGUGGGUCUCGCUGCCUUCGGUAACGACAAGAACCAUUGGGACUGUCGGUGGAUUGUUGGUUGUGUUGUGUUGACCAUACCAGCGUGGAUGGUCUGGUGUUUGGUUGCUGCGCUGGGAGAGUACAAGAUGCGGGAUGCCGCAGCUGCCAUAGGUCUCCUGUAUAAUGCCACGGUCAUGCUCAUGUGUGGACCGUUAAGAAAGUUAUAUCUACUGAAUAAAUACCAGGCGAGCUUAGAGGAAGAGGAGCGUAAAUCUCAGAUGGCACUCUCCAGUCAAAAAGACUACAAUUCCAUGUACGGUCGUCAGUAUGACAACAUGCCACACAUGCAAGAUGGCGACUCUAUUAGAGGGAGCACCAUGGGAAAUGAUGAUGUAUUUUUGUAUGAUCCUAAAAGUAGUUAAACGUUGCAUAAUAUGUGUAAAGAAGAUUGCGUGACACUGUAUAAAAUAUUUGUAUGUUGCCAUGACAACAGCAGAUCAGUACCUGAACAAUCCUCACCUCAGCAGUUACCAUGGCAAUGACCUUCACCUUCAGUGUUUCUAUGGCCUUUUUGUCAUUGGUUCUGUUAUAAAGGCAUAAUUUUAACAAAAGCUUGUGGAAGAUUCUCUGGGAAACAAGUUGUGACUGACUUUAUUUUAACUGACAAACUUCUUUGAUUUUAAUUUCAACAUAGUUUACCAUUUUAAUGAGUGCAAAGACAUGAAAUAGAAAUAAACGAAAAGUGUCGUUGCCAUAGCAAAGCCAAUGGAACAACUUUGGUCUAUUAAUGUCUAUCUGAAAAUUAGAUUAAUUAAUGAUGGGGAGUCGGAUAAACUACUGGUUAUUUUAUUAGAUAGUUUGAUUAGUUACCUGUAUUUUUAUUAAAAAGGCAACAAGAAAUAACCCCUUAGAAAUGAAGUUCAUAGAGAUCUUCCACAAACUUCUGUUAUGUUUAUCGUUUCUGUUAUGUCUCACUUUGUUAUAGAAUAUAUUUUAUGAUAUACUUUUAGAGAGAAAUGGAAAGUCUGCUAAUUAAGAUUUGUGGACAAUGCAGUGCUAAAAAUACCUUACGACGGACCUUGUGCUAUUAAAAAAAAUAUCAGUGUGCAAAUAAGUUUCAGCUUCCAAGAAACAACUAGUAUUAAUAUAUACUUUAUGCACAGCUAGGGAAGACUUCAAAAUAGUAUUUAGAAAAAAGAUCAGAGAGGACUGACUUCAUUAUUUUAAUUGGUUGAUUUAUAAAAUGUGCUUUGAUAGUUACCAUAUGAUGGUUGACUUUCAGAACAUGAGCUGUUCUAAAACGAAAACUUCGAAGGGAUGAAAAUAUCAGUGUCCAGGUGUAAAAUCUAAAAUCUUUAAAGAAGAAUAAAAUACCUAACUUUUAACUCUUACUUUUUUUCGCCAUGAUGAAAGCGACAAAUAUAGAAGAUGACGUGUUGAGAAAGGGUGUGGUGCUGUUGGUCGUUUUUGAGAUUUAUUUGUGAUACAAAUGAAUAAAUGUUUGUAUAUUGUACAUAUUUUUCACUGAAAUAUGAACAGAAUUUCUAGGUUAUGCUAAGUAAAUGAUGUAGUUAUUUUUGUUUAGUUAUAUAUUAUAUGUAUAUUUACAUGCAUCGGUACAUUUUAAAAGACAUGCUACCAUAUUUCCUUGUAAAGUGCUUGAUAUUUUUUAUAUAUAAAAAAGAAAAAAAUGCAAUAAAGGUAUAUUUCUAAGA